CCUUUAUUAGUGUCUCGGUCCACACACAAUUUGCUAUCAGCACUAUUUUACGAGAAAUAAAAAUAGUUUUAAACACUUGAAUAUUAAACGCUUCAUCAUGAAUCCUAUGACAAACAUCAAAAACAUCAAAAAAUUGAGUGAACAAGAAAUACAAAGGAGCUCGAAAACUUCUUGGCAUGAUGAAUAUAAAGAGAGUGCGUGGAUUUUUAUUGGAGGUUUACCAUAUGAUUUAACUGAAGGUGAUUUGAUUGCUGUAUUUUCACAGUAUGGUGAAGUAGUUAAUAUUAAUUUAGUUAGAGAUAAAGACACAGGCAAACAAAAAGGAUUUGGUUUCUUAUGCUAUGAAGAUCAGCGCAGUACAGUUCUUGCAGUAGACAACUUCAAUGGCAUGAAGAUUUUAGGUCGAACAAUUAGAGUUGACCAUGUGAAAGAUUAUAAACCCCCUAAGGAUUCAAAAAAAAUUGAUGAUGAUACACGAAAAUUGAGGAUGGAAGGCUGUGCUCCAGAAAGAAAGUGAUUGACAUACUAUGAAAAGUAACUUAUAAAUAUGUAAAUAAACAUUUUUAUUUA